ACUUCGUGAAGUAACAUGUCGCGUUCCGGAGCCGCCUUCGCUUUGCUGCUCGCGGUGGGAUCCACGUGGGCCGCCCUGCCGCUGCCCGAUUAUGUCAGCCCAUGCAGCAUCAAAGCUUCGGACCGGAAAAUCAGCCAAUGUGCUCUGGAGCACGCACGACUUGUCAUGCCCAAAGUAAUGAAAGGCGAUCCCAAGUACAAUAUACCCAUCUUGGAUCCGUUACACGUGGACCGAAUGGAGGUCAUUAAUGGCGAUGGACCGUUGGGACUGCAACUCAUCACAACAGACCUUAAAAUAUAUGGUCUACCCGACAUGAUUAUCAACAGCGUAACGCAUGUCGCUAAGCCAUUGGGGGUGACGUACGUGACUACAACACCAGAAAUCACAGUCAAUGGAAAAUACAACAUAACUGGAAGAAUUUUGCUGUUGAAUAUUUACGGCAAAGGAAAUGUCGUCAUGAAGUUAAAGAAUAUGAAAAUGAUCUACCAAUACGAUGCCGAAAUGCAGAAGCACAAAGACGGAGAGAUCUAUUUCGUGCCGCUGCCCGGCGAGCGCUUGGACAUCGAAGUGGACGGCCUGUCGGUGCACCUGGACAACCUCUUCAACGGCGACAAAAUCCUUUUGGAAUCUACAAACAGAUUUCUCAAUGAAGAAUGGGAAGAAGUCUUUGAAUCACUGAAGCCUUCUUUUAUUAAAGAAAUUUCGGCUUUGAUUAGAAAUAUCCUGAAAGGAAUAUUCGACCAAGUGCCCAUGAGAAAUGGAUGGUUGGAUUUCGACGAAUUUACGAAGAACAAGGAUAAGUUUCAG